CAGCCACCAGCCAUUCUCAGUCACGUGAUACUACAGUUUGGCGCGCUGACAAAGGAGAGCCGACCCGCAAGGAACAGUCCAGAAAGGCAAGAUGAAAGUCUUGCUGCCCUGAAUCCAACUUGCACCCACGCUGAUGCAGACGGUUUGUUCCCUGCAGCGUCAGCAGUAAUUCGAUUAUUCAGUUCCGGCGGCAUUGUUGGCCCCGGAUGUAUUCGUCAAUGCACCAAGGCAGGUUCCUUCGGUCUGUAGCACGACCCUGCCGAUUCAUCGCGCAUCGCCGCUAUCCCGCCGCCGUUGUCUCGCAAUCGCGUCGGUUCCAUCUUUCGCGACCAUGGCUGUCGUCCACUCCUUCAGAUCCUCAUAAUGCUCGGGAUUCGACAACGGGGAAUGUCCCCGGUGAUCUCCCUACUCACAAUGCAGAACCCACAUUAGCUAGCCGUGAUGCUUCCGUUGCAACACCUUCCGCAGAUCGAUUGGACAAGAAAGACGCGAAACCCUACGGUUCGGCAGUUCGCAGAGCUUUACGGAACAGACGACCGGCGAAGGAGUGGACUGCUCCGGUUGCCACUGUUCCCGACUGGUUCUACGAGCGAAACACAGUCGUCAAUGAUGGAAAGGGAGACGGUGACGUCAAAUUACUACAGCAUGUGAAGAUACGGCCGACGGAAAUUGAACUGGAGAAGGAGGAGGCCACACAACAGCUAGGACGGGGCGGUAGUGGAGAAGAGCCGCCUGCGCCUGAGGGAUCUGAUACUCCGGAGGAUCGGUAUGCUUUGACGGAAGCGCUGUGGGAAGAGCUGUGCGCCUCUGCCCGAGCCGGGUUGCGGCUACCGCCAGCCAAGUACGCCCAAGAGCCCUCCGCACGCAAAUCACAUCUUGUUCUUCAGUACCCGGGUACCGAUGGUAUUCUGUUCUUGGAUGCGGUGGUGAAGAGGCUGGCCCAAGAGCUGGGGGCGGAUUUGGUUACACUCAACGCGCAGGACAUUGCUCAGCUAUGCAGCGAACAGGAUUUGGCGGACAUCGGCACAACAUCGCCCAUCAGAUCCCUUGGCUACGAGGUAUAUCGGCCUUCUCUCUCUGAUACCUGGCAAGACGACGGCAUGGGUGAUGGGGAUGCCGAGGACGACAUUGACACACCACGCAGUCUCCGGUCGGGUUUGCGUCCCAAAUUUAUAACUAUUGAGAGCACUCGUGACUCGGGAGAUAUUGCGCUUCCCAACCUAAUGGGCCUGAAGUCGUUGGUGGCCUCGUUCAAUGCGCCAGCGGACCAGAUAGGUGGCUCUUCAUCACAGAGUGCUGUGAAUCGCGCAGAGGACAGGCGACUUCGACUUGUUCGAGAGCUCCUGUCGUCGCCCAGCAAGCCAUCGAAGCAGGUGUUGCCAGCAGCGACUGAAGGAGAAGACUCUGCUGCGCACGAAGUGGCGGAAGGUCGCGGUCCCGCCGUGGAGCGAGAUGUCAUCGUGCAAGUACAGGAUUAUGGAGACAUCCAGACCACCCGCGAGGGCUCCAAGUUUAUCACUCUAUUACAGAAGGCUAUAGAGGAGAAGAGAAAGGCUGGUUCCCGGGUCCUCUUCAUUGGUACAUCGGCACAGGAAGCUGCACCUGAUUCGGAUGCGGCCAAGCUCAUGCAAAACGCCUUUGACGAUCAAUUCUCCCAGAUGCUGGUCAUCACACCCGCCAUGAAGUCCGAGGUUGCAGAGCGCGUAUUCGCGGAAGACCGCAAGACGCGCACUCUCGAUAUCAACAUUCGCCACGUCCAAGAUCUGCUCCGAACGCGGCUCGCCGAUAGCCCUUCGGCGCUCAAGGACGACAUUUACCGUGAUCGCGCCUGGCCUUUGGAUGCGUCCCUCGUGAAGGAAAGUGGCCUCGAUGAGCGGUACUGGCCGUACAGCCAGGUUCACUGGGCUACGACUCUAGCACUUGGUUCUCUAGGAGCAGAUGAAGCUUUCGGUUAUGAUCACAUUCGGCGGGGACUUGAGAUGAUGCAGAAGACUGAGCGUGUCAAGAACGACUGGCUGCACGAGAAAACGCCCAAACCGAAGGCUACCGAGACAGGAAACGACCGGGAGCGCUUGUUAGGCUCCUUGCGGAAAACGUGCAACACACACGAGAAGAAACUAUUGAAUGGAGUCGUGGAUGCCAAGAGCAUUCGCACUACAUUCUCUGAUGUUCAUGUGCCACCUGAAACCAUUGAUGCAUUGAAGACUCUGACCUCUCUUUCUCUGAUCCGACCCGAAGCGUUCACCUACGGUGUUCUGGCGACUGAUAAGAUCCCUGGUUUGUUGCUCUACGGGCCUCCAGGUACGGGUAAAACCCUCCUGGCGAAAGCCGUCGCUCGUGAAAGCGGUGCCACCGUCUUGGAAGUCAGCGGGUCCGAAGUCUACGACAUGUACGUUGGCGAGGGCGAGAAGAACGUCAAGGCCAUCUUCACGCUGGCUAAGAAGCUGAGCCCCUGCGUCGUGUUCAUCGACGAGGCCGACGCUAUCUUCUGUUCUCGCACUGGAGCCAGCAGCCGAACGUCACACCGGGAGCUUAUCAACCAAUUUCUGCGGGAAUGGGACGGGAUGAACGACAUGUCCGCCUUUAUCAUGGUUGCCACGAACCGACCAUUUGAUCUCGACGAUGCGGUUCUCCGGCGUCUCCCCCGGCGACUAUUGGUGGAUCUUCCGACCGAACAGGAUCGCCUGGCCAUCUUGAAGAUUCAUCUGAAGGAGGAAACCCUGGACAGCUCGGUUGAUUUGGCCGAGCUGGCUCGUCGCACGCCUCUUUAUUCCGGAUCCGACCUCAAGAACCUUUCCGUUGCGGCCGCUUUGGCUUGUGUCCGGGAAGAGAACGACCUGGCAGCGCAGCACCAAGGCGAAGAACCGUACCAGUAUCCCGCGCGACGCACCUUGACCUGGAAGCACUUCGAGCGUGGUAUGGAGGAGAUUAGCGCAUCAAUCAGCGAGGACAUGUCAUCGCUCUCUGCAAUCCGCAAGUUCGACGAGCAGUACGGUGACCGCAAGGGCCGACGCAAGAAGGCGCCUGGUUGGGGCUUCAUGCCGGCGGGCGUGGACGAGUCGGCAACUAGCGUGGAUGCGGCGCGCGUCCGGACCUGAACUGGUUCAAUUGUACAGCGUUAAGCAAUUGGGGGUUCAAUAGAAAAGGAUUGCUUGGAUGUUUUUCAUGUCACAUAGAUCAACUUGAUAUUCUUCGCGUUUGUGUAGGUCUGAAUUUGGGCUGGGAUUGGAAUGGCAACGCAAGGGCAGGAACUGGGCUUGUAUACUACGAACUGAUUAGCGACACGAACCACAAUGUAUCAAUACAAUACCGCAGCAUGA